AGCAGUAGUACAUUGUAUAACCGGGCCUUUUACUUGGCAUCUGUAAUCACAGACGAGCAGCUGUUAGAAAACCACCUUACAAAACAGGGGUUUUGUAACAUCGCGCCCGUAAACGUGACUUCAGUAGUAGGUGGUAGUAGCCGGAGAGACGCAGAGAGACUAGGUCUCUGAUACACGACUUUUUUUUUGGUCUUUAUUGUUACAAGUUUUGCUGCUUUUUUUUAUGCACACGAAGCAAACAUGUCUACCUCCCGUACAAUUAUAUGUUUGCUGAGAAACGACUUGCGUCUGCACGACAAUGAGCUUUUCCACUGGGCUCAGAGAAAUGCCGAGCACAUAGUCCCACUGUACUGCUUCGACCCCAGGCAUUAUGUGGGUACUUACAACUUCAACCUGCCAAAGACGGGGCCCUUUCGUCUGCGCUUUCUACUGGAGAGUGUCAGGGACCUCAAAAACACGCUACUCAACAAGGGCAGCAACCUCGUGGUGAGGCGGGGUAAGCCAGAGGAGGUGGUCGCAGACCUCAUCAAGCAACUGGGCUCAGUCAGCACUGUGGCCUUCCACGAAGAGGUUGCUUCAGAAGAGCUGAAUGUGGAGGAAAGGGUGAAGGAAGUGUGCGCACAGAUGAAGGUUAAGGUUCACACCUGCUGGGGAUCCACACUGUACCACAGAGAUGAUCUUCCGUUUCACAAUAUAUCCAGGUUGCCUGAUGUGUACACUCAGUUCAGAAGGGUGGUGGAGACCCAGAGCAGAGUGAGGCCUGUGCUUCCUACACCAGAGAAGCUAAGUCCCCUUCCCUCAGGUCUAGAAGAAGGAGCCAUUCCUACAGCAGAGGAUCUGCAACAGACAGAGCCCGUGACCGACCCUCGCUCAGCCUUCCCCUGUAGUGGUGGAGAAACGCACGCUCUUGCCAGACUUAAACACUUUUUCUGGGACACUGACGCAGUUGCAAGUUACAAGGAGACUCGUAACGGCUUGAUCGGCGUGGAUUACUCCACUAAGUUUGCACCUUGGCUGGCGAUGGGUUGCAUUUCACCCAGAUACAUUUAUCAACAGAUCAAGCAGUAUGAGAAAGAGCGAACAGCUAAUCAGAGCACGUACUGGGUAAUUUUUGAGCUUUUGUGGAGGGAUUACUUCAAGUUUGUAGGCGUUAAGUACGGAAACAGAAUGUUUCAGGUCAAAGGCUUUCAAGACAAAUCUGUGCCUUGGAAAACAGACAGGAAGCUGUUCGACGCGUGGAAAGAGGGGCGUACGGGAGUUCCCUUCGUUGAUGCCAACAUGAGAGAGUUGGCGUUGACGGGCUUCAUGUCCAACAGGGGGCGGCAAAAUGUCGCUAGCUUCCUCACCAAGGACCUGGGCCUUGACUGGAGGAUGGGAGCGGAGUGGUUUGAAUACCUUCUGAUUGACCAUGAUGUCUGCAGUAACUAUGGCAACUGGCUGUACAGCGCCGGCAUCGGAAACGACCCCAGAGAGAACAGGAAGUUCAACAUGGUCAAACAAGGCCUCGACUACGACACCAAUGGUGACUACGUGCGCCAGUGGAUUCCAGAGUUGCAGGGCGUCAGAGGAGGUGAUGUGCACACUCCCUGGGCGCUCAGCACCGCCGCGUUGUCUCGUGCCGAUUUGUCCCUCGGCGAGACCUACCCCACCCCCAUAGUCACGGCACCUGAAUGGAGCCGGCACGUUAACAAGAAACCGAGUGGCACCGGGCCGUCACCACGGGGAAAGAAAGGCCCGUCUCACACUCCCAAACAGCACCGGGACAGAGGCAUCGACUUCUAUUUCUCCAAAAGCAAAAACCUGUGACGUGACUCGUAGUGAAACGAUAAACAGACGAUGGACACUCUGGCGACUUACUGUACAACUCAGACUGUUUUGGUUGAAUUUUUGUUACACGUGGAGAUCUGAUGUAAGGGAGCUGUCCAAUGUUGAUGGUGAAUGUUGGUCCGAAUGCGUGAAAUGUUAAAGUUCUGUUGAGGGGGCGGGGGGGCCUCAUUAACUGCUGCUACGUUUCCUGUUUUUAAGCAGUUUUGUUAAUCACUUCUCUCCUGUUACUUUGUAUUUAUGUGGAGAGGCAGGUUGGAAUGUAAAAAGGAACAGAAACACAAUGACACCCAAGUUUCUCUUCCACUGAUAUCCACCGCUAUGCAAGGUCACAUGAGCCUGUCAGCAAUUUUAACAAAUCAAUAAAGUGGAUUUUGCUUCGUA